AUGAGCGAUCUCCACGAGGCGCCGCUCCUGGAGCUGCUGCGCCGCCGCUUCGGCAGGGGCGCCAUCUACACGUGGGCUGGCGAGGUGCUCCUGUCCGUCAACCCAUUCGAGAACAUCCCUCGCCUGCACGCCCUCCCCGGAUGGACCUCCGCCGUGGCCGCUGCCGCAAACUCAUCCUCUCCUGCCCCGCACAUCUUUGCUGUGGCAGAGCGAGCCUGGCAAAGCGCCACCUCUGCCGGCGCGGACGUGGCAAUCAUCGUGAACGGUGAGUCCGGAGCCGGCAAGACGGAGGCGUGCCGUCAGGUGCUGCGGUACGUGAGCCGCUGCAGUGCAGAGUGCAGAGUGGCGAGGCUUGAGGCGGCCGUGCUCGACACGGCUUGCGUGCUCGAGGCGUUUGGCAACGCGCGCACUGUGCGCAACGACAACUCGAGCCGCUUCGGCAAGCUCACUUGCCUCCGUGUGGCGCGCAGCGGCGCGAGCGGCGUCGUCGCCGGCUGCCGCAUCAAGACGCUGCUGCUCGAGCGCUCGCGCGUCGCGACGCACGCCCAUGGCGAACGCUCCUUCCACAUCUUCUACUGGCUCCUCGAGGCGAAGGGGCUGGACCCCGCCUCAUUCACGAUGCUGAAUGCCGCAACAGAGGCCGCAGCAGAGGCCUCCGCAGAGGAGGGCGGCGCCUCGGCCGCCUCGGCCGCCAACGCUGACGCCUCGAAGUUGGCCGCGGUGGAGGCGGCGCUGUCGGCGCUCGGCUUCUCCGCCGAUGACAUCGCCGGCGUGUGGAGCACGCUCCUCGGCCUGCUCGAGCUCGGCAACGUGCGCUUCGCCGCUGCCGACCAGGGCGGUGACCAGGGCGGUUCGGUGGUCGACGAGUCGGCGCCGCUCGAGCGGGCGGCGGCGGCGCUCGGCAUCGAGGCGGGCCUGCUGGAGACAGCCCUCACCCAGCGCACGCACAGGGCGGCGGCCGGGCGCGGCUCGAUUCACUCGAUCCCGCUCGCUGCGUGGGAAGCGGCCGAGGCGCGCGACGCGCUGACGCGCCACCUCUACCAGCACGUGUUCGACUUCCUCGUCGCGCGGCUCAACGCGCACCUCGACCCGCCCGCCAAAGGCGGUGAGGAGGCGCGCUCCCUCAUGCUGCUCGACAUCUACGGCUUCGAGGACGUCGGCUCCAACUCGCUCGAGCAGCUGCUCAUCAACUAUGCCAACGAGCUGCUGCAGCGCCUCUUCAACACGCACGUCUUCGAGCGCGAGGCAGCCCUCUACAAGGCGGAGGGCAUCGACGCCGCCGCCGUCUCCUACACGUCCAACGACGCCGUCCUCGCCCUGCUGUCUGCGGCGCCGUGCGGCCUGCUCCCCCUCCUCGAGGAGCAGGGCCUGCUCGGCGAGCGCGGCUCAUCCGACAACUUUGCGCUCGAGGUCUUCCGCCACCACGGGCAGUCGCGCCACGUCGGCAAGCCAAAGCGGCUCUCGGCCAAGGAGGACGGCGAGCGGGUCUUUGUUGUGCGGCACUUUGCAGGCGGCAUCUCUUACGACUCGCGCCGCUUCGUCGAGAAGAAUGUCGAGGCGCUGCACGGCGACCUCCACAGCCUGCUGCCGCGGCUCGCCGGCUACGCGCGGGUUGUGCUCGACACGACGAUGCCCGCCCCGGCGACGCCGCGCUGGUUCCGUGCGCGCUCCAACUCCAACGCGGCGUCCGCGACCACCGCCAAGAUCCGCGGCAGCUUUGGCAUCUCCUCCACCUUCCGUAGCCAGGCCAACGCGCUGCUCGAGACGCUCCAGAGCGGCACGCCGCACUUUGUGCGCUGUCUCAAGCCGAACAGCGCCCAGGCCGCCGCCGACUUCGACUCCGCCCUCGUGCUCGCGCAGCUGCGCUCGCUCGGCGUGCUGGAGACGGUCCGCAUCCGGCGCGAGGGCUUCCCCGUCCGCACCGACUUCGCCGAGGUCUGGGCUGACUGUGCGCUGCUCGCGCCGCACGCCGCGCCUCUCCCGCCACGGGAGCGGGCGGAGGCGGUCCUCGAGCGGCUCCCGGCGGCGAUGUGGCGCCUCGGGCACACAAAGGCCUUCCUGCGUGACGGCGCGCUCGAGCUGCUGCGCGCCGAGGCUGCGAGUCUGCGCACUGGCCGCGCCACCGCCAUCCAGGCCAUGAUUCGCCGCAAACGCGCAGGCUCGCAGCGCGCGGCCCGGGCGGAGGCGCGGCGCGAGGAGCUGCGAGCCGUUGCCGCGGUGUCCGUCCAGCGGUACGCGCGGCGCAGGGCCGCGCUGGGCCAGAGACAGGCGCUGCUCGACCAGCGCGCGGCAGCCUCCCGGGCGGUGCAGGCGGCGGCCCGGAGGCGCAUGGCCGCGGGAGAAGCCGACCGACGCCGGGAGGCGCGCGAUCGGCAGCUGGCGGCGCUCUUCGUGCAGAGGCUAGCCCGCGGGCGCAUGGCCGGGAGGGAAACCAAGCAGCGGCGCGAGGCGCGCGACCGGCAGCUGGCGGCGCUCUACAUCCAGAGGCUAGCCCGAGGCCGCUCAGCCCGCAAGCUGUGGCGCUCCGCGAUGCUGCUGGCCCAGCGCGGGCAGGCGAGCCAGCGCCAGUUUCGCUUCCGGGCGGUGAUGGCGAGCCGGCGCCAGUUUCGUCACGUGCUCAAGCCGCACGAGCUGGUGAUGAUGGCGGCGGUCGUGCGGCGCGACGAGUACACCGGCAAGGUCUCGCUUGGCCGCUGCCUCAAGGUGUCGCACCGGCAGGCGCUCGUCUUCACCUCUGCGGGACGCCUCCUCUGCACCGGCGUCGACGCGCGCUCCGUCGAGUGGGAGCAAGAGUGGUCGCCACGGCUGUCGGUGGUGAUGACGGGCGGCCGGGACUUUGGCGUCACCGAGCUGCGUGCGGGGCACCGGGUCUCCAUCGACGGCGUCGUCUCGCGGCCCGAGCUCAACGGCAGGAAGGGCGUCGCGAAGCGCUUCAGCGAGGCGACGGGGCGCUUCACCGUCUCCCUCGCCGACCCAUCUGACCGGGGCGAGGAGGUCGAGCUUCCGCCGGCCAACCUGGCCGUCCGCGCCGCCGACGCGCCCAAGGACUGCACGAAGUUCGUCGAGCUGCUCGGCGCGGCGGAGCGGUGGAGGUCGAUCAUGAGCCACGACAGCGAGGAGGCGACGCAGACGCUCAUCGACAAGGCCUCGGCGUCGGAGGCGUGCGAGCCGUCGCAUAUGCUGCGCAUGCAGGGCGAGCUGACCAAGCGCUCGCUCUCGGGCAAGCCCGGCAAGGCGAGCGACCGGUGGCAGAGGCGGUGGAUCGUGCUGCAGGGGCGCACCAUCUACUGGUUCAAGGGGAGCGAGGUUCCAAAGGGGCAGCUCGAGCUCGUCGAGGGCUCGCGCGUGUGCGAGUACGAGCAGGAGGACGCGGCGGACGCGGCGCUGCACCCCUUCACCUUGCUCGUCUCGACCGCCGCGCUGAGGCGUGCCGGCGUGCCGGGGCUGCUGCUGCAGGCGCCCGCCGCCGAGGUGCGCGCCGAGUGGAUCCGGGCCGUCAGCGAGGCGCUGCCAGAGGAGCCGGUCGGGCCGCUCGCCGACUCGGACCCGCUGACCGCGUCUGUCGCGGGGAAGCUGCCCGCGGUCUUCCACCAGGCGACGGUGACGGGGCGGCUGCACAAGCGCGCGCUGCGCCACUCGAGCGAGCGCUGGACGGCGCGCUGGUGCGCGCUGCACGGCAAGACCAUCUACUGGUUCAGCGGCUACUACAAGCUCAAGGGGUCGAUGGAGCUGACGCGCGGCACGCGGCUGCGCGACCUGGCGGGCUCGCGACCUGGCGCGCACGCGUUCGCCGUCUCGACGCCUGAGAUGGAGCGCGCCGGGCUCUUCCUCGGGCUACAGGCGUCCUCGGACGCUCAGAAGCGGGAGUGGAUGAACGCCCUCGGCGCGGCGGUGGAGUCUCUCUCCGCAGUGGCUCAGCUGUGAGCAUGUGUACGGCUCGGUAGCCACGUGUAUGCUGUAUCGGUUUUACACACUGGCUGUGCAAACUCUUCAGACUC